AUGGACGGCCAGCACAAUGGAGAGACUCGCGUGAAGCGUAAAGAAGCCCCGAACUCUGUACAAGACAGACCUCUGAAACAGCUCAGGUCAGAUGCUUCGGCAGAAGAGAACACCAACGGUUUCGCACACGACGACGAGGAAGUGGACGCCCAGCCUAUCGUACACUCGGCUACCACCGAUUCGGUAGAAUGGCAGCGCACCAUUGAGACGGUCGUCUCGAAAGUCGUUUCAAUCCACUUUUGCCAGACCAGCGCAUUUGAUACCGAUCCGGCUUUGUCGAGCGAGGCAACUGGCUUUGUCGUUGACGCCGAGAAUGGUUAUAUCCUGACCAACAGACACGUUGUUGGUUCCGGACCCUUCUGGGGAUACUGCAUCUUCGACAACCACGAGGAAUGUGACGUCUACCCCGUAUACCGCGACCCCGUCCACGACUUUGGUUUCCUCAAAUUCGACCCCAAAGCCAUCAAGUACAUGAAGCUUGCGCCCAUCGAACUCCGCCCCGACCUCGCACGCAUUGGUGCCGAAAUCAGAGUUGUUGGUAACGACGCUGGAGAAAAGCUCAGUAUCUUGUCUGGUGUUAUUUCAAGAUUGGACAGAAACGCCCCGGAAUACUCGGAAGGAUACUGCGAUUUCAACACAAACUACAUCCAAGCUGCCGCCGCUGCCAGUGGAGGAAGUUCGGGCAGUCCCGUCGUCAACGUUGAGGGUUUCGCUGUCGCUUUGCAAGCAGGAGGAAGACAAGAUGGUGCCGCUACCGAUUACUUCUUGCCAUUGGACCGACCGCUCAGAGCGCUGGAACUCGUUCGAAAAGGAGAACACGUCACAAGAGGAAGCAUCCAAACACAAUUCCUCAUCAAGCCCUUCGAUGAGUGCAGAAGACUUGGUCUGACCUCUGAGCGUGAAGCCGAGGUUCGCGCAAAGUUCCCCAAGGAGACUGGUAUGCUGGUUGCUGAGGUUGUUCUGCCCAAGGGCCCGGCAGACAGCAAGAUCGAAGAGGGUGAUGUUUUGAUCAAGGUCAAUGACGAGCUCCUUACACAAUUUGUCCGCCUGGAUGAUAUCCUCGACUCAAGUGUUGGCGGUCAGGUCAAGCUUUUGGUCCAAAGAGGAGGAGAAGAGUUUGAAGCUACAAUCGAUGUUGGAGACCUGCACGCAAUCACACCAGACCGCUACGUCUCGGCUGCUGGAGCUCUCUUCCACAAACUCUCUUACCAACAAGCCCGUUUCUACGCAGUCACUCUCAAGGACAAUGGUGUCUACUGCUGUGAAGCAGGUGGUUCAUUCAGAUUCGAGGGUUGCGAGUUCGGAUGGUUGGUUCAGUCCAUCGACAACAAGCCUACUCCUAAUCUCGACGCCUUUGUCGAAGUCAUGAAGGCCAUCCCUGACCGCGCUCGUGUUGUUGUCACUUACAAGCACCUUCGCGACAUGCACACUCUCAAUACUUCCAUCAUUUCCGUCGACAGGCAUUGGCACCGCAAGAUGUCGCUCCACGUCAGAAAUGACAAGACCGGUCUCUGGGACACCACUACCCUUGCCGAGCAACUUCCUGCCGUAGAACCUCAGCCCAAGAAGGCCAACUUCAUUCAAAUGGCCGGUGCACAACACCCUGCUGCUGUCGACAUCGUACGAAGCUUCGUCAGAGUCUCAGUCAGCCUACCACUCCGCCUUGACGGUUUCCCCAAAGGAAGAAAGAUUGGCUUUGGUCUUGUCAUUGACGCUGAGAAGGGUCUUGUUAUUGUGUCGCGAGCAAUUUUGCCCUACGACAUGUGUGACAUCACCAUCACCGUAGCCGACUCGAUCAUCGUUGAUGGAAAGGUCAUCUUUAUGCACCCUCUGCAAAACUACGCCAUCCUACAGUACGACGCCAGCCUAGUGCAGGCUCCCGUAAAGUCUGCUAAGCUCGCCACCACUCCCAUCAGACAAGGUGAAAGCACCAUUUUCUUCGGCUUCAACCAGAACCUCAGACCGGUUGUUGCCAAGACUGCCGUGACCGACAUCACCUCUGUUGCCAUUCCCGCAAGCACUACUACUCCCAGAUACCGCGCUGUCAAUCUGGACGCCAUCACUGUCGACACCAGCUUGUCAGAACGCUGCGGAAGUGGUGUGCUUGUUGCCGAAGAUGGUACCGUCCAAGCCUUGUGGAUGACUUACCUUGGUGAGCGCACUGCCAACGGUCGCGACCAAUCUUACCAUCUCGGCAUGUCCACCUCUGCGCUUCAUGCCGUUGUCGAUGACAUCAAGAAUGGAGACAGACCUCAGCUCCGCAUCCUCAACCUUGAGACUCAUAUCAUGCAGAUGAGCGAAGCUCGUAUUCAUGGCUUGUCACAAGAAUGGAUUGACCGAGUUGAGAAGGAGGACCCUGAAAGACAUCAACUCUUCAUCGUUCGCAAGGUUGACUCUGACCACGUUGGUGGUUUGAUGGAAGGAGACAUCAUCCUUACCCUCAACGGCCGCCUUGUCACCCGCGUUACAGACUUCGAUGUCAUGUACAGAAACGAAUAUCUGGAUGCCGUCAUUCUUCGCAAGAGAGAGGAGGUCCACCUCAAGGUAUCAACUGUGCCGACACACGAAUUCGAGACCGACAGAGCUGUUGUCUUCUGUGGUGCCGUACUCCACCGUCCUCACCACGCCGUGCGCCAACAAAUCAAGAAGGUGCACUCCGACGUAUACAUCUCUCUUCGUAUCGCAGGUUCACCAGCAUACAUGUACGGUCUCGCACCCACAAACUUCAUCACAGCCGUCAACGGUGUGCCCACACCAGAUCUCGACAAGUUCGUCGAGGAAACCAACAAGAUUCCCGACAACACUUACUUCCGUCUCAAGAUCAUGACUUUUGACAACCAACCCUGGGUUGCCACCAUGAAGAAGAACGAGCACUACUUCCCCACUGUGGAGUUCUUGAAGGACCCUAGUGAGAAGGAGGGUUGGAGACGUGUUACGUAUGAGCAAGGCAAGGUCAAGGCUGGUCAAGGAGAUUUGCCUGAGGCCGGUCAAGAGGCCGCGCCUGGUGAUGUGGAUAUGGCUGAUGAGGGACUUAUGGUUUAG